AUGGCUCCAAACGCUCCGAACGAAAUCAAAACUACGACGCCAACGUCGGACGAAGCAAUUUCCGAGGUUUUAUUUUUUUGAUAAUCUCUUUCCUUCCAUUUCGAAAAAUAAAAUUACUUCAAAAAUUUUUAAAAAAUUUUUUUGUAAUUUGCAGGUUCGAGCUCAAGUCUCCGACCUGAUCGAUCGCCGCUACGAUACGAAAUGGAACAUUCUACGAUGGCUUCAGGGAAAUGAAUACAACGUUUCAAAAACGGUGCAUCAACUCAGAAAACAUUUGAAAUGGCGCAAAGAGCGAAAGUAAAAAAGAAAAAAUAGUGAAAAAAAUAUGAGAAAAUUUUCAGACUGGAUGAACCAGAAAGCCAGUCUUUGUUGCAGCUGAGCAAGGUAUUUUUUCCAUUUAUUUAUUUAUUCAUUUUCUUUCUGUGUUUUUUUCUUGACCAGUACUAGUAACGCCAAAAAGAGCUUUUUAGGGCCCAUAAAAGAUCCGAAAAUCUUCUGAAUAAAGGUCUUUUUUUAAAAAACUUCAGAUCCGCCAAGAGUACGCUCCUCUGUGCAUUUUGGGAAGGAAUCGAAAAAAAUGGAGAUCGAUUGUUGGUUUUGGAUCAAGCUGGUUUGAUUUUUAGCGUUUUAUACUCUGCUUUCUACCAAUUUGUACAUAAAGAACAGCUAAAUUUGGCCAGUCAUAGAGAGGUUGAGAUUAAGCGAUUUUUCUAGAACGGAGAGGGGUCUGGAAUUUUAAAAAAAGCAGUAAAGUCUAUGAAAGAAACAAGUUUUUCAUUUUUUUGGUUAUUCGUCUUUGUCCUCUUUUCUUUCAAAUUUCAAUUUUUUCUGUCUUUUCUAACUAGAGAACGGUAUUUUUUUUUGGGGAAGUUGUAUUUUCCUAUAUUAAAUGGUUUGAUUCCAAACCCAUUGAGAGCAAGGUUGGUGCUUCGAAAAAAAUUUUCUUGGUGAGAAGGGUCGUCGGCCCUUAAAUUCGGUCUGUCCAAGUAUGAUCCAAGAAAAAGAGUCUUGAAAACUUUUUAGGCAAAAUCGACGUGAGUGGAGUGAUGAAGGGCGUCCAGCCCACCGAAUAUCUUCACACAAUGUUCAGAGACUUUGAGAAUAUUCAGAGGCAUCUGAUGCAGGUUCUUUCGAGUAAAAUGCCAUAAUUCGAACAUUUAUCAAACAGAUGGAAGAGGAACUCGGUGUCCAGUGCUAUAUGGACUAUAUUUUCGAUCUGGAUGGCUUGUCCUUCGAUCCGACGCUUUUGGGAGUUGUCAAUGGUCAUUUUUUUCUAUUAACAAUGUAAUCUGUUGAAUAAUUUUUACGAGGGCUUAGCUUGAACUAUCAAUACAGCAGGAAAGGCUCUAGGUUUCAGGAUUUUUUACAUUUUUUUCUGUCUCUUUGAACACUCUAGCAAGAAUUUCCUGUAAGGUACUGUGAAAGUUUUUAGUGGCCUUUAUAGGGUUUCGACGUUUUAGUGGCCACUAUAGUAGUCAAAUUACAGGGUGACAAAUAAAUAUUGAAACGCGUUUGAAACGUUAUAACUUUCUCAAAAGUCAACCAAACACCACCAAACUUGGAACAAAUUUUAUUCAUACAAUAUAGAAACAAAAUUCAAGAAUAGUUUUCAAAACUUCCUCCUUUAGCUUUGAUAACGGCCUUCAGUCUCUUCGGAUACGCAUCGAUCACGGCACGAGGGUAGUCGUCGUCGAUUUCGUCCCAUUUCUUGAUGAGCGCGGUCUUCAGAGCUUUGAUACCUGGGUAGUUCUUAGAAGAGACCUUCUCGGUCAGAUAUAUCCACACGGCAUAGUCCAUCGGGUUGAGGUCGGGCGAGGAAGCAGGCCAAUCAGCAGCCGAGAUGAACUCGGAAAAUUGGCGCGAUACCACUCUUGAGUCCCUUUGGCACGAUGAGCGGGGGCGCCGUCUUGCUGGAAGGUCCAUGGUCGGUUUCCGUAGUGAGAAUUGGCUCAGGGCAACACCCUCAACUUUAAAAUCUACUCCCUGUAGUAUACUUGGUUCACUUUGACUCCAGGAUCCACAAAAAUCAGCGGAGUUUUGCCGUCAGCGGUAAUUCCGGCAAAAACCAUCACGGAAGCCGGAUGCGAAGUUUUAUUCAGAAUUUUUUCUUUUUCACAGGCACUCUGAUAGUCAGUAGCGAUAAUCCGAUGAUUUUGGCCGUUCUUGUUCGCCUCCACAGUGAAGAUUUUCUCGUCGGUAAAUAGCGUCGUCAGAUGCGAGCCAUCUUACGUGCCAGCGAGCAGCUUUCAAGCCUUUUUCAUCCGCAAUGUCUUGUUUUUUUGAUUGAGGAAGGCUCCUUUCUGCAUACGGUAGGGAACCAUCUUCAGCUUGUCCUUGACAAUAGUUCUUAUCGAUUCUGGACUCAUUUCGUAUUCUUUUGCCAUCUUUCUCACGCUUCGUUCCGGAGUGCGUCUGAUUUUCUCUCGAACGGCUUUGACGGUUUCUGGAGUCGUGACGGUGACUGGACGUCCCCUCUUUGCAUGUCAUCUGAAGUACCGAGACGCCGAUAGCGUUGUGCAGUUCGAAAAACGAGAACACGAGACACUUUCAGCUUUUUAACGAUCUCUGAAUUUGUCAUUCCGCUUUUGACACAAUCAAUGAUUGCGGUACGGUACGGAGAUGAGGCCACCAUUACCUGAAAACUGAAAAGUAUGAGCUGUAACUUCAAACACAUGAUAAGUGAGCAUGAAUAAACGAAAUAAACAAAAAAAUUCAAAGGCCAGUCCUUUGUGCAAAAAGCAGCAAUCAAACAAAAAACGGUUUCAAUAUUUAUUUGUCACCCUGUAGUGGCCAUUAUAGAGUUCUAAGAGUUACUGCUAGAUGACUAAAACUACUACAGUUGCCACUAGUGAACAAAUUAGUGGCCUCUAUAAAGGUGGUUCUAGUGGCAACUUUAGUGUCAUCUUCAAGUAGUCCUAGCUUCUAGAGUGGGCACUGAAAGUUUUCCCAAUAUAUUCUUUUUUCAAUUUAAAAUUUUUUUAAGGUCCCUUCCGAGUCUCCUGGCAAUUGGUCGGUCAACAUUAUCGCGAAUUUAUCGACAAGUUUAUCGUCGUCAAUUCGCCGAGUUAUAUCAAUGUUCUAUGGUAUAAUUUAUACUUUUUGAUUUUUGAGUGACAAAUUUCAAAAAGCACUUUACUUUCCUGGUAAACGUUCUAAUAGUGAAUCCGAGCUGGUUUGAAAUAUUUUUCCGGAAAGUUCCUCGAGAACGUUAAUUUUCUUUUAAACCCUAACCAUUAAAAAACUCGUAAUUUGGAGCAUAGUGAAAUUUCAACAAUCCUACUGAAUUCCUAGAUUGUGAAGUCUGAAAAUCGCCACUUUUACGGCUAAAAAUGAUUUUCAAGCUCCAAUUUUUUGUCAUUGUCUUCAAGCUGCGCCCGACUUGAACCUCAUGAAAAAAAUUCUUUUUUUUUUGAAAUAUAAUUUCUUGAGUAAAAAGAGUUCCCACAUAACUCUCUCAAACCUGCACCCUGUUUUCUGAAGGUCCGCGAUUUCGCAAUUCGUCCCUGAACAGUCCAAAGCAAGGAUCGUCUUCGCCGGAGCCAGUUGGAAGGAGGAAUUGUUGGAGAUUUGCGAUGCCGAUUGUCUUCCUGAAAAAUUGGGCGGUACAAUUCCGGACAAUGAAGUCGUCAAGUAAGCUGGACAGUAUUGAUUUACCUAAGUUCUCUUAUAGAGAAGUAAAGCCUGUCCCGAAGGAGCUCUACUGGAAACCUCCGACCGGAUAUCCGACCUUGGAAACUAUGCACAAAAUCUCCAUUUCGGCUUGUAAGUUAACCUUGGAUUCUGGAGAAGGGAGUAAGCUAGAGAUCAGCAAAGGACUGAAGAGACGCCAGAGAAAGUAAGAAGACUUAUUUCUCUGGCGUCCCUUUACGCCGUCGUGGAAGAAAAAUACUCUAAAUAUUUUUUUCAAUGGUUUCCCAGAAAAUGAGAAAUUUCGAAACAAAAAAAACAAAGUAUUAUUUUUUGUUCAAUUUCAGCUAAACACCGAACUCUCAUCUACAAACUGGACGCCAACACCGAAGUCUUACUGUAUAAUCACAAUGAGAACGACAUCACCUUUACCGUAUACUUUUCACAAAAGGAGGUACUCUUUUUCAAUGUUCAGGAAGCACUGAUGAACAAACUCUACUUCAGAACGCCAAAGACGAAGAACUGGAAGUCGCGAUCCCAGCCAUUCCAAAAUGCGGCCUCCCGGCCAUUGAUUGCUUCGAUUAUGUGGCUGAACAGACCGGCUAUUAUUAUAUCAGGUUAGGACCAUUUUGAAGAUGUUUUUUUUUAAAUCUUACACUGUAGAUCCUAAUCGUGACAAAACAUUUUGGUAUAUUUUCUACCAAUUUACCACCGUUUCCGCUGGUUGAAAAUAGAAUUUCUGGGUUACUGUAAAACCUAAUCAUGCCAAGUUUCUUGGGAAACCAAUGUUCUUUCGAGGUCUUUAACAAGCAGACUUUAAAUCAACCAAAAUUCAAUAAUAAUUUCAUAUUCCACAACUAGCAGUUGUGGAAUAUGAAAUUUGAUUUUUUCACACAUGUUACUGUACUCCUUCACGGGACCUUUCAUUCAUCUGUUGAAUAGAACCACUGAUUCUUCAAAUUUUGUAAGAAUCCGAACUCUGAUUUCAUUUCGAUCUAUUAUAUUAAAGGCAUAUGGGCAGUAAAAAACGGUGUUUCAGUUCAAAGCAGUACUUUGUAGAGCUUUUCAUUGCAAAUCGAACCGUGAACUUGGAAAUGUACCAAACUUCCUAGUUUUGGAGAAAAAAUAAUUCAAAGUCGGAGAGAGGAAAGGUUGAGUUCCCGCGGAAAGGGCGCUUUGCAGUAAAGUUGCUCUAUGGACAACAGGCUUCGCCAUAUUCCGGAUUUUCGCUUUUUUCUUCUUUUCUUUCAAUUUUAAAUUUUUUCUGUUGUCACCAAAGUUCUUUUCGUCACAAAAGCUUUUUAUUCAUGUAUAAUUUGCAAACUUUGAUCGCAAAAAUGCUUUUCUGGUGAAAAAUGAUGAUUUUACACAGGUUUCGAUUGGGAUAACGAUUAUUUGUGUUUUCUUUAUUAUCACUGUGUGUUUUCUGUUUUCUUAAUCGAUUUUUCAGAGAAGAAACCCUUAAUUUGAAGCAGAUACCCGGUUAUUUCUGACAAAAUGCGAGUCUAAUGAGACGUCCGCAACAUGGCGUGCACGGCUACUGUAAACAUUUGUCCGUGGACCGAUCCAAAGCAUUUUUCAAAAUUAAAGGCGGGAAAGUAAAAUCGCGUUUUUCUUCAAAAUUAGUCACAUCAGUAAUUUUUUUGAGUACACCGUUGGAAUCGCAAAGAAAAACUAUAUAAGAUACUGCUUUCACCUGAAACCCCGUUUUUUACUGCCCCUAUGCCUUUAACUUUUCUUUGCACCUGUUUUGCUUUUAAUGAGCUUAUUAUUUUUCCGAGAACCCCAGAUUAGUAUUUUGAAAGUUCCCAUGUCCUAAGUUUUCACAUUUCUAGUACGUUUUUCGCGAUUUCACGAUUUGAAAAAGCGAAAGAAAAAAGCGGGACUUCUCUUGAGAAAUCUUAAGUCGCGGCGGGCGGAUAAUAUAAAAUAUCAUAAAACGAUAAAAAAAAGAAAUUUCCUCAAUAUUUUGUUUUCAGACUUGCAAACGAAGCUUCUUGGCUGUUUCCGUCAACAUACCGAUUUUUCGUCGUUGAGAGAUCUUCGGGACAAGAAAUUCAAGCCAUAAAUCAAAAAGAGAAAUGGAUCAAACAGGCUUUCAAAACAAAGAAAUGA